AUGAGUGCUGGGAGCAGAAAAGUGAAGAUCCUGGGUAUCUUGAUGAUGUUCAAUUUCUUCAUUUACAUAGCGGUGGAAGUCUCCAGGAGUGGUAACCAGGACAAAAACAGUAAAGUCAGAGUCCCAGACAAGAAGUUUUGGAAAAAAAUUGUUCCAAGUGAAGCUUACUGGAACAAAGAACAGCAUGAGUUGGACCUCUUGUACAACCCUAUUCUAACUACAUUAAACAGCACUAGCAGUACUGUGGAGGCAAGUCUGAAUGUUAGUCAACUGAAUCCUUGUGAUCCUGACCUUGGAGUCAAGACCCUGGUGAAGGACUAUAACUCCCUACCAGAACGCUUCAAGGAUUUUCUCUUGUAUAUGAAGUGUAGGACUUAUCCCCUGGUAGUCAACCAGCCAGGCAAAUGCAUUGACCAGCCUUUCCUUUUGCUCGCUAUAAAGUCACUCACCCCGCACUUUGAUAGGAGGCAAGCCAUACGCGAGUCUUGGGGAAAGAAGACUAAGAUAGGCAACUAUACGGUGGUCACUGUGUUUUUGUUGGGAAAUGCGACCGGCAUGGAUAAUUUUCCUGACCUUUCUGAAAUGCUGCGAUACGAGAGCAACAUGCAUAAUGACAUCCUGCUCUGGGACUAUAGAGACUCCUUUUUCAACUUGACGAUAAAAGAAGUGCUGUUCCUGGAGUGGGUCACCAAGUCCUGCUCUGACGUGAAAUUCAUUUUUAAAGGAGACGAUGAUGUUUUUGUCAAUACAUAUAGGAUCCUGGAAUACUUGACGAGCUUAGGUGAAGCUAAAGCCAAAGAUUUGUUUAUUGGGGACGUCAUCACAAAUGCGGGACCUCACAGAGACAAAAAGUUGAAGUACUUUAUUCCAGAGAGCAUAUUCAUAGGGCAGUACCCUCCUUAUGCAGGUGGAGGUGGCUUUCUUUACUCGGGAAACCUGGCGUUAAGACUAUACAAUGUAUCUCAUCAAGUAUCGCUGUAUCCAAUCGACGAUGUCUACACAGGUAUGUGCCUUAAAAAGCUUGGCCUUGUUCCUGAAAAGCACAAAGGAUUCAGGACUUUUGAUAUUGAAGAAAAAUAUAGAAGCAAUCCCUGUGCUUACAAAAGCCUAAUACUGGUACAUAGCAGAACUCCACAAGAGAUGAUCAAAAUAUGGUCCUGGUUGAAUAAUCCAGAGGUGACCUGUCAGUAAGGUCUUAACCAGGGCUAAGGUUUAUGUGUUUGAAAAAAAGUAGGCAGCUCAUUUUGCACUUCAGUUUGGGCCUUAAUUUAAAUACCUGUGGUGUGGCGAAGUAUUGUAUUGAUAUCCUGGUCCCUGUUGACCAAGGUUUUCUUUGUAAUUGCAAUGCAAAGUCAUGAUUUACUGUGAUCCAAAAGCAGUCUUGAAGAGUCUGAAAGAAGAUAUGAAGGGUCCUAAUAUUUUAGAAUACAUUUUCCUUUUUUUGUGUGUGGUGCUGUUGGUUUUUUUGUUGUUUUUUUUUCCCAAAUAAAGCAGAUGUCCCCAGUUUCAUAAACACACAACUUUUCUUAUUACCGGUAUUUACUAAAGGAUUUUGUAUUUUAAAUUGUACCGUUCCAAAUGGAUAAAAUUGCCAGUCAAAGUUUGGAGGAAAAUAAACGUUUAAUUAAUUAAAACAUCAGUUAAUAUAUGCUAAAUAUCUGUGGAGACCACAUCACAGCAAUUCCAACUAGUGUGUAACACAGUAUGAAGAGCAUUAUUUGCAUUCAUUAUCACUGUCUUAGGUGUCUUUUAUGCUUUACCGUUGUACCAAAAAAAUCAUGUAAACACUUGUAUGAUAAUGACGUUGCCUAUGUCAUUGGAAAGCUGCGUAUGACUUGUGUUGGUACUGUAUGAAGCAGAGGCAAGUGACAAAUUGACAGGUUUUACAGUUUUUUUACCAUUCUGAUGAACCUGCAAGAGCAGAAUGGUUAAAAAUAUAUACAUUACUCUGUCACAUCUCCAACUGCGGUAGGGCUAGAGUAAGGGCAAAUAUGUAAUAGUCCUGUUUUAAAUACCAUUAUACACAGCUGUAACAAUUACUAUGUAAUGACAAUUCUGCCACGUGGGUGAAUGCAUUCACUGAUCGAGAUCGAGACGGAGGUUGAAGUUGAUACGCCCCACAGGCGGACAGGACUUAUUUACAUAUCAAGUCAACACACUGAACAGCUCACAUGACACUACUAGCAAUGGCAGCGCACGGAGCACAUACAACACAGUGUAUGAAAACUUUGGUAGCAUCUACAAUACUGAACUAAUUUUCUGUGUUCAAUAAUAAACUAACGUUGCUGAAGAGGUUGAUCAUGGCAGAUAUGUGACGGAUUACUGUAAUUAUAAAAGAAGAAAGUUAUUUGUCUCAAUUAAGGAAUGCUGUGUAAUCUAAAACGUCUGUACUUCCGGCUGCUUUGCUCACUUCUUAAACAAAGCUAUGGUCAAAAUAUACAGUAGACUACUUUUGGUCUUUAAAGUGUAAAUUCUGUAGUUGUACUGUGUGCCCCUUUGUGUUAAUCGGCAGAUAAAGUAUUAAGCAACCUAAAACUCAACCAAAUGCUUAAGCUAAAAAGUUGGAACUCCAUAGUGCUUGUUUCCAGGCAGUGUGUGGUGUGUGUGUGUUUUUUUUUUUUUUAAGGUUACUACUUGUUUACCAGUUGCUGUGCUUGCCAGCAUCAGGAAAAUAGUCAUAGAGAAAUGCCCAUGUUCAGUGUAAGAUGUCUUUGUGUACAACAUGAUUUAGAUAAGGUGUUGAUGUUUGAAGACUAAAAGUAAAGGUUCUCCAAACAUGUGGUAUUUUAAGUGGCAGCCUAUUUAUUAUGUUUAAGGAUAACAGAGCUGACACAUGCCACAAGGGACCAUUUUAAAAAGUAUGUUGAAAACCUAGUUUGCAGCCAUUUAUUUUAGUGUAACAAUAGUAUCUGUACUUUUGCUUAUUUUAACUGUAUUAUAAUAACGUACAUGGGUGGCUUUGUCACCUGUAUCAUAAAGCACACUGUACGAUAUUGUCAAUAUGUACUGUAUUUCCCCCUCUGUCUAUUCCAUAUUCCCCAGGAACCUGUAUGUAUUUUACAAAAGCGUUCUGUCCACAAAUAAUCUGGACUAUACUGAGCAUAUCAUGGGGAGUAAUUGGUUCUUAAGAGCAAUCUGUUCUGUCACAAACAAGCUGAAUGUCCUAAUGUCAUACUCUUAUAUGUGUAACUGAUGCACAAAGAGUUUUUUAGUUUGGGUAUUGAUCAUUGGAAUAAAGUAUCUCUUAAUAAAGUGAAUUUAAAAGUUU